AUGUUGGAUCUCGACGAACGUGUCGAGCGAGCACUGGGGUCUCUGCCUCCACUGUGGCAAUCUCAGGAGUCAUCAGAAGGGGAGCAGUUAGGGGCGAUCACCUUCCCUCAACCACCGCUCACCACUGCGAUUCGGGAGAAUCACUUCGCCUCUCCGAGUAUCAAGGUGCCGAGCUCCGCUCACCUAGAGCUUCUCCCACCACGGGUGGCAUCUGGGUCGUUAGACCAUGGCAAGGGAUCAACUCACUGGGGUGCUGAUUUCGGGGCGGUAUACACCAUCACCCCAGAAAUGGCCCUAGUCAUAGGUGCCACACCCCCUCCAAAAUCUACUCUUGUUUUGUCUCAUACUGAUGGUUCGGGGUACUGUGAUCGGUGUUACUACCCUCCUUACCCACCCUACCCACCCACUACACCAUUUCCUAAGGUUGAAUUUCAUAAGUUUGAUGGCUCGAAUCCUCACUUAUGGAUCAAACGUUGUGAAACUUAUUUUGAUGUUUACCAAACUGAUCCUGGAUUAUGGGAAGAAGCUUCUCAAGACCAACCUAUCAAGAGAUCUGAAUUGGAUCUUACUCCAAGAGAAAUACUCAAGAGCCAGUGA